AUGGCACGUCUACGCGCAGGCGGUGGUGGAUCACUGCGUGCGCUAGGCAUGGCUGUGGAUCCACGCGCGGUCAAGGUGCGGCUCUUUGAGAAGCUCGGAUCGUUUGCUGACGAGUACUGGCAACUACUUGGUGCUCUGUGCACAGCGGCUAUCGAUCGUGCGGAAUUUCACAAUCGUGUCAAGGCAAAACUUCCAUCAGAGUGUGUUCCACUGCACAAUGCAUUGGUCUUGAGCAUUCUUGCUGAAGCAAACUCAGGUUCAUCUGCGUCGGCGGCGUCUGGCACGGGAGCGAGUGUACGGGCUCUAACAAGCCCCAUUCAACCCCGACGAGCCGUGCUCAAUGACAGCACAGAUGAGUCUGAUGAUGAAACCGAGCCACCUGUUGACGGUCGUGCGAGCCGUGGGCUCAAGCGACUUCGCCAUCUAUAUGCAGGUCUGUCCGACGAUGAGCGCAAGCGGCUGGAUCAGCUCUCGAAGCAAAGUGCAUCCUCCACACAUACAUCCGCCUCAGUGUGGGCAGGCGCGGGCGCUGAACUACUGGAGAAAAAACGGAAAGAGGAUGAACGCCGUCGCGCUGUUGAAGAGCGCCGUCGCGCACGAGAAAUCAAGCUGGCCAUCGGCGCAUCGCACUGGCGUUUGUCGGCGAUGCAGACGGCCGCGCAGACCGAGUCGAUCCGCUCACGUCUUUCGACAACCAUGCAGGAAGCGCUCAAACGCAGUGUGGCGACUCCCAACUGUAUUGAGUCACAAGUGCUGCCCGAUGUACACAGUCUGCAAGACCGGAUGUCACUUUCGGCCAUCGAAGCCGGUUUGUCUGGUGGCGUGCAUGCACAUGCCGCAGCCGUGGCUUUGAGUGCUUUGCAUGACUACCUCCAAAAUAUAUUGCGGCGCACCUUUCUGUAUACGAAAAAGCACGCGCGUUCCACGGCUGGCGCUUCGCGCAUCACCAUGCGCGAUAUCAUGGCGGUUUUGGACCUUGCGCCUCACUUGAUCGUCGAGCCAUUUGGACAAGGCCCAUUGGAACGUCUCCUGGCACCAGAAGCAUCCACUGCAUCACUCUCGUGUAGCAAGGAAAGCAUCGAUGGCGCAGGCCAGUCUUGGUCCGACGAGGAUGCGCUGGCGCGCUUUGCAAGAGAAUGUGCAACGACCAAACUGGCGGCCCACGCCGUGCCGCUCGCUGUGCCGCCCGAUGCAGACUUUGAGCAGGCCCAGCUGUUCCGACAGCAACAGCAACGCGACGCCGUACGAAACCAGGUGAUUCUUGAUCAACUAGCGCCACUGCGGCUUUUGGAUCGACGCGCACUGAGCGAGUCGCUCGCACAUGACCCUAAAAUGAAGCCAGCAUUAUCCACGCCCUUAUCGACGGCGUUAGAGCAACAUUAUCAGGCCGGCCAACAUCAUCAUCACCAACACUUGCAUCGCAUGCACCGACACAAAGACGAACUAUAUGAUGUAAUUGAUCCCGUUGCACUCCUCAGCGGCGUUUGUGAAUAG